AAUAUUCAAGUCCCUUCGGAGACUUUGCUAAUUUCGCCAACCUAUUCCGAUCGUUCUCAUAUCUCCUGAAUUCGCGAUCAGACGUUUGGGGAGUGGCAUCGGGUUUGGACAAGGAUUCUACGAAGCGUGAAUGGCGCUCAAAACACUGGAGCAAGCUAUCACCGUUUUGUCCCUUUCCAUUUCGUCGGUCCUUGCCCUUGCUUUUAGUUAUACCUUUGCCGCUACCUUUACCCUGGCCGCCGCUCGAGUUUUGACCAUUGCGGUUGGCCUCGCGGCUCUUGCUGGGUUCUUGGAAGCCAUAGUGAACCAAGCGCAGAGACCUUGCGAGUCUUUAAAUAUGCACAAAGGGGUGGUAGCGUGAUAUUGCUUAGGUGGCGCUUCGGGAAGGGCGGGCAGUUGUAGUGU